CAAACAGUUAUUCAACUCAGUCGAACGAGUUCCCGACUCAAUGACCCCCAAAAGUCUCUGUGUGGUACGAAAGUUCAACUCUUCGAAACAACUAGGGUUUUUUCUUCAUUUUGGGGCUUAUUUUAUCGUUUACAGUUGAAAUUAUUCGAUCGAUCCAUUUUUCUUAUCGAAAAUUAAUUGAAGCUACCGAAACCCUCCCAAAUAUUCAAAACCCUCCCAAAUAUUCACUCUUUUUUUGUUCUUUUUUACUUUUUCGCUAUUUUCAAGUCGCUGUGAGGAAUUUCUCAGAGUUUUUAAUGAAAAGUUGCGAUGGAUCCGAACGCCGUGGUGCUGGAAAUAAGCUCCGAUGAGGAUGUCGGUUGGAAUGAUUAUGAUGGAAGAGGAAUUGCCGACGGCGGUGACGACGUUGAUUGGUUAACAGAACUUCUAGACGAGGUAAAUAAGGGUAAUUCCGGUGAUGAUUCGGACGAAGUGGUGGUUGUAAGUGAGGUUUCCCCGUCUGAAAAACCGGUUAAGAAAUCGAAAUUGAAGAAUUCUUUAGUUGAUUUGGACGAUGAUUGUGUGAUUCUUGAUAAAGACCCCGACAAGCCCGUGGAAGUCCGGAACGAUAAUCCCAGCAACGGUGAAGAUGAUUCCGAUGAUAUAGUUGUUGUUAGCGAAAAAGGACAGGUUGCAUGUCGAGAUUAUCCACAUCCAAGACACCUUUGCAUCAAAUUCCCUUUUUCCACUACUCCAAAUCAAAGCCACUGUGACCAGUGCUACUGUUAUGUUUGUGACUCACUUGCUCCAUGUGUGUAUUGGGGCAAUGGCAGUGCACCUAUGGACCAUUGUCAUGCCACUGAUAAAGAUGAGCUAUGGAAACACGAGAGGAAAAACGCCAAAAAUGGUAGUAAAGCUGUCCAACCAACCCUUCCUAAGGUUGCUGACGUGGCACUCUUUAAUGGGCUGCACCCACCACCGACACCAACACUGCAGAUGGCUCAACCACCAAGGUCCGGGUCGAUCCGUGCACGCCACCUAUCGGCUAACCUUCGACACCCAAAUGUGAUGAACCAAAUUCGAAGACCCGUUUUUCCAUCAAGGAACAAAUUACAUCCAGAUUUGGUUUCUCAAUAUUUGCUUACAAGACAUGGUGGUAGUAUUAGUAAGGGACACCAUGGCACUCAGCUUCACGUGCCAGUAUUCAAAAGAACAGGUUCGGUUGGGGGGGCUGCAGGUGCACCCACACCCAACCGGCACCACCCUUACGCUUCACACCCACACAGGGGUAAUUCUGGAAAUCCCAAUAAACACCAAAACUACCCCAUGUAUCCAGGAUCUUUACAACCAAACCCGGUCAACAACGCUCCGGUUUCUUAUCCCCCUCACACAUCCACAUCCACAUCGCCAACUGUAAAUCCAUUAAUCAAUCAACAAUGGCCUCUCCAACCUCAAUUCUCAACUCACUCUCACUCUCACUCAAACCCUAAUAAUGUUCAAUCUCAAGUAAAUUCUAGCCCGUUUUACCCAUCAUAUUCCCGACCCGGACCCGGAUCCGGUCAGCCAAGUUAUCCAGCGGGUCAGCCUGUUUCUUCUCAUACCCGUGUAGAUAGCCCUAGCCCGUCAAUUUCUGUUUCCGAUUAUACCACCCAGAGUUUGCCCGAUCAAGGAACUCAAGCAAUGGAUAAUGGGCUCAGUUGGCCUGCGACCCAACAGUCUGCUGCUACGGUUGAACCCGACCCAUCAUCGCUUUUGGCGGGCCCUGGUGGGGGUGGGGGUGGGUUAAGUGACUAUCCGUAUGAUUGGAUUUUUGAUAACCAGCCUGUUGAACCUGGGUUCAUAGAUGGUGCUCAUGGGUUGCCCGACUUCUCCUCUGAUUCUUCAUUUAUCGACACGGGCCCCAUUUUCGACUUUUAGGCCUUUGACAACCGUGUGAUUUUUUGCUUGGCAGAGAGAUGUGAAAGCAUUCAUGCUUUGUUUGGACUUUGGAGGAGGAUUUGACUGAUGACUGCUGGAUGUUGCUUCUUUUAUUGCUCUGUUUUUUUUUUUUUUUUUUU